AACAUAACCUCCGUUGUUUCUUGAAUAAGGAAGAUAUUGAAGUCUGAGCUGAAAAUUCUGGAGACGAGAGAUAGAAGUCGAGAGGAAAAGACUGGAGACGGGAGAAGGAAGUGAUUAAAUCGAAGUGAAGUUUCUUUGCAAAGAUUUAAGAAUACUCUACAGGGACUGAUUCGACCAAAGACUUUUCCAUGAGUGGCGAGGAAGAAGAGUUUUGUAAGUACACGUAUUCAGGUUUACACACUCGUUCAGUGUCAGAAGCAAUUGCAGAUUUGUUGAGAUCUUUUUGGAUACUUGGCCCAAAACAGACUCUACCUCUUCAACUCAUAUGAUGUCUUCGACUCCAAGUCCAACAAUCAAUCAUCCACCGAAUCCACCGAAUCCACCGAAACCACAGAAACCAGAGACUGAGACCAGUAACCCAACACAUAACAGCUCAGUGACGGUGGCAGUCCUCAUCUGUCUAGCUGUUCUGUUUGUGGUUGUUGCGGUUGUUGCCGUGUUUUUCUGGAGAAGGAAACGACAAGCUGAUGAUGUCAGGAAAGAGCACAACCCCAUCUGCCUCUCUGCUGCGACCAACUUACAUCGUAGGCAGGACUCGUUCCAUGUUUAUGACAAACUGUCUUAUGACAAUAAAAGAGCCAACAUCAACAAUGCUUCGACUGCAGCAGACAACGACAACAACGAUGACUACACCUACAUCGAUGACCCCACGAUAAACAAGGACGUUGUCAGGCUGCACCACGACAGGCCGGUGACGACCGAUGGUGAGCACGCACUCACUGACCCCUCUGUCAGCGGACUGGAACCUGACCUCUCCACCACCUACACACUCGCCCGACCCAUAGACAACGACAUUCCUGGCCCUCAGCCUCCCGACUAUUUUAGUCUGGAGGAGAGGGAAAAGAAAGUUUGUGGUGAGCCAGCCCAGUACUUUACUCUGGAGGAGAAAGGUGAGAAGAAUUCAGCCGCGGACACCGACACCCAGCAGUACUUCAUUCUGGAGAAAAGACAGGAAGGAGAGGGUGGAGAGUCCGUCUCCAAGCACAUGUCCUCCAGGUCUGAAGUCGACUACUUUGUGCUGGAGAAGGACGAUGGUCAAGAACUCGACUGCGCAGACGUGACGAGUAGUGAUACAUCACGUGAUUCGUCGGAAGAAGCCGAGUAUUGCCGACUGGAUCCGAACAGCUGUCUGGAGUCUGACUACACUCCGCUGACUCGCCCUCCACAGCCUCCUGAUGCCAGAGGCGACAACCCCUACUGCCUGGCCUCGCAUCCCGAGUAACCACAAUGUCAAUGGAACGAAUACUCUUUUUGAGAUCAGUAUCAGACAACAAUAAACAUUGAUAUGAUCAUUGGGUAUAUUGAUGGUCAGCCUCACAUUUCCUUCUCACUAGAAAACUUGACAUUUAAGUUUGAAAUUUUCCUACUGGAGCUACAAAGCAAAGUGGCUGAGGGGACAUCUCUCUCUCUCUCUCUCUCUCUUUCUUUUUUCUUCUCUCUCUCUCUGUAUAUAUAUCUCCGUUAUUUUGUGACGUUGCUGUCCGUCGUUGGUCUGAGAUUCUUGCUUGGAUCCCUAUCAUCGUCCUCAAUAUUAUUCCUUGCCUUCGGCUUUCCACUCUCCUAUUACUUUAUUCUCUAGUAACAAUGUUUCCUUAACCUAAAGUCGCCGGUCGUGUGUUUUUACAUGUGAAAACAGUGUGAUGUUCUCUCUCUACAGGAUGACAAUGAACCAGCUUUCUCAUCUACGGUCUCGACUCUUCUGGGUGUUUGUUAGUUUACUGUGACAGAUAAAGUGAUGGACUGUCCGAUAUAAAGUUACAGAGUCGUAAAACUUUUUGGAUCGUGGAGACAAUGAUUCAGAUUUUUUUUUCUUGAUAGAACGAUGUACAGGAUCUUAGUGUCUUAGUGCUGUCAUGUGUUGCUCUCUGUGUGUUUAUGUUUAUGCACAAGUCUGUGCAGGAGAGAGGGAUAAGAUGUUUGUGUACAAAGCAUACAGGUUCACAAGGUUGCCAGCUACAUGUCAUAUAUAUAUGUGUGUGUGUAACACAAAAUGUUUUUAGACAUUAAAUUACGGGGUUUUUUAUUUCCCUUGUGUUCUUCUGUGAUGCACCACUUUGUCUUAUCUUGUAACUAGCAUUUGUUUAGUAACUGAGACCACCCUUUAUAUCAUCAGUAAUGUUUGUCAUUUGUCUCCGACUUCCCUGCUCCCUUAUUCAUCAUUUUACGCCAUGUCUCAAGCCUCAUGAUCAAACAACGACAAUAGUUGUAUUCAGUGCUAUGGUGUUAGAGACCUCACUUUUCUCGGGGCCAGCUUUUACUUGAGGGCGGUCCAUCUCUCCUCCUCGCUGUCACACCCUCCCCAACUCUCUAAACAGUCAGGUACCCAUUCCCACCACCUGGUCGAAUGGCGAAAGUUUGCUGCCCUAAUCGGGCAUUGAACCAGCGCGCUAUCAGUUGGAACGCCAGCGCUCGGCUCUCUGCUUGUCACAGCAGCGGUGAGGAAGUAAAGAGACCUUGUGAGUAACAAGACACGAGGAUGUUGACACCAGAUCUUUUCUUGAUGCCUAGGAUAAUGCGAGAGAUGGGUGGGUGAGGAAAGAGAGGAAAAGUGAGACGGAUACGGUCGAAUAUUCUACGUCACAGAAAAGACGAUUGUGUAUAUUUAACAAGCUACAUUUUUUACUUUCUGAAUUUUUUAAAGCGUAUUUCAUAUCCCACAAGAGAUGUCGAGAAUAAAUACUGAAUAAAGUUUAGCACCAGAA